GCCGGAAGCAGCGGCGGCGGCUCGGGCGAAUUCGGUGGCGCCACGUCUGGCUCGCGUCCCUUCGUGACCGGGCGGCAGGAGCGGCUGAGCCUUCGUCUUGUCUCUUCAGGGGCCGGUUCGUGGCGAAGCCUCGGCGGCGGCCGGCCGCAGCUGCAGCAUGUCGGACCUGGGGGACUGGUUCCGAAGUAUCCCUCUGAUCACGCGUUACUGGUUCGCCGGCUCCAUCGCGGUGCCGCUCGUGGGCAAGCUGGGCCUCGUCAGCCCCGUCAACCUUUUCCUCUGGCCUGACGCCUUCAUCCACCGCUUCCAGAUCUGGCGGCCGAUAACAGCAACUUUCUUCUUCCCAGUGGGACCUGGAACAGGAUUUCUCUACUUGGUGAAUUUGUAUUUCUUGUAUCAAUAUUCAUCACGAUUAGAAACAGGGGCUUUUGAUGGAAGACCAGCAGAUUACAUGUUCAUGCUCCUGUUUAACUGGAUCUGCAUUGUUAUAACUGGCUUGGUAAUGGACAUGCAGUUGCUGAUGAUUCCACUCAUCAUGUCAGUACUUUAUGUGUGGGCCCAGCUGAACAGAGACAUGAUUGUAUCAUUUUGGUUUGGAACAAGAUUUAAGGCCUGUUACCUUCCAUGGGUUAUUCUGGGAUUCAACUACAUCAUUGGUGGAUCAGUCAUCAAUGAGCUGAUAGGAAAUCUGGUUGGACACCUGUAUUUCUUCUUAAUGUUUAAAUAUCCAAUGGAUUUGGGAGGAAGGAAUUUUCUGUCCACACCUCAGUUCCUUUACCGCUGGCUGCCAAAUAGGAGAGGAGGAGUGUCGGGCUUUGGUGUCCCCCCUGCCAGCAUGAGAAGGGCUGCAGAAGAUCAGCAGGGUGGUGGAAGACACAACUGGGGCCAAGGUUUCCGGCUAGGGGACCAGUGAAGAAUCCCUGCCCUCGGAAAACAGCAACUCUUCGGUUUCAAUUGGGCGUAGGGCCGACCGUUCCUGGUGCAGAGCAUGCUUAAGAACUGAGCUCUCUGCAGUACUCUUGGAUUUAACUGAUUAGAAAGAAAGAAUGUUUCUGGUUCAAGAGCAAAUUAAAAACUCCAGAAGGAAAAAAUGUAGAUCUUGCUCCAGGUUAGCCAGUAGUGUCCAGUGUGAUUCUGCCAUUAAAAAUAAGCCUUCUUUUUACAGUAUUGUCUGUCACAACAGGAUCCAUUGGCUGUCCCGUUCCACAAUGUGAUGGAACAAGCUAGUGGUGUUUUGUCUUGCCUGAUACGUUAAAAGCUUUGUUGACCACAGUAAAGUAAGAAUCUGGUAUGAGGCAGAUGUCUCAAACUAGCCCCCAAGUUUAGGAAGCUGACUUCUUCCGUAGCUGUGCUUAAGUCCCAAGGUCUUUGGAAACAUUAUUUAAGUGGUAUCUCUCUGCUGCAUUCAUAAAACAAAUUGCAAAUGUUUCAUUUCUGUUAUUAAGCUGUGUUUUGAGCAAAGCUGUUUCUUGCCAUGCAGCAUUUGUCCUACCUGCUACAUCAUGAGCUAGGCAAGGCUAAGGAUUACAGAACUUUCAUUUGAAAUGGCAAUAACAGAUACUCACAGAAUUGAAAUCUAAACUCUUCAUGGCAUGUUACAAAGCUUGUUUUGGUGAAACUGAAGUCUGGCAUGAUUUUUUCCCCCCCAGAUCUGUGAAUUCUUGGCUUCAAGGUUUCUCUUUUAUUGCCAAACUGGGUAGCAUAAAUACUGCUUAAACUAGAAGAUGUAAUGUUGUGGUUAAGGGUACUGACUGCAGCAUUGUUUAACUGAAUCUUCAGCUUUAUCUUAAAAGCUUUAAGAUGUUUAAGAAUCAAAGCUGGAAAUAAUCUUUUUCGGGGUGAAGAUACAAUAUAACAGGUUACUUCAGGACUCUUUCAAUGACAAAUAAGAAAUUGCAUAGACUAUUUAUUAGUAUCUGUACUUCAUUCUGGUAAAAAUUUUUGACAUGGAAAAGGGAAUGAUUCUGUACAGUAGUUUUCCUUGCACUGGGUUCCCAUGGGCAGAGCAUGUGGCUAAGAUCCAGGAAGCUGUAAUGCCAGCUUGCUACUGACUCACUGCAUGCUCUUGAGCAAACUUCUUACUAAUCUCAGUUUUCCCAGCUGUAAGGAGGACUCGUGCAUGUCUCACAGGAUUCUUACAAGACAGCUGUCCCUGACCUUCCUAGCUGGGAGCUGCUAGUGAGCAAGUAAGGCUUAGGUUUUACAUAAAUCCAACACUUCAGCUAGGAACACAAUUACUCUAAGAGUAUCCAAGACUUCUAAGUCAGACUGUAGUUGCUCACUUUUUGUUUUAUAGUUGGAGGAGGAAGAGCAUUGUCACUAGGAUAAGUUUCAAGUCUGACUGAAUUGCCCUUUAGCAUUUGUCUGUUGUUUUACUGGGUAGGUGGGGCACAGAAAGCUGUUCUGCCCCAACUUAGGUAUCUCAGGUACUAUAAGUAGGUGAAGUGAAUCUGGGCUGAUACAUUUUGUUACUACUUUGUUUCUUCACUAAACUUGGGUUCUGAAGGUGUAAAAACUUGUAAAUACUAAGUGAUGCAAAGCUGAGUGGAAAAUAAGCAGUUAGACUGGAAAUUUUUUAAAAAAUGCGUGUUCCAUGUCUUUGCUUCAACUCAGUUUGUUGAUUUGGCUUUUGGAGAAAUGUAGAAAACUGGUAAUGAUCAUACUGUGUGCUUAAGUUUCACAAGAACGUGGAGUUUAGAAAUCACCUGCCAUUUUUGUCUGUUUGGUGAUGAGUUUUAAAGAUGCUCUUGUCUCUUUCUUUGUGCAAAAUGGUAGGUAGAAAAGAGGAGUGCAGUGUUGUAAAUACAGAGUUAUCAUUUACCAACAGCUGUUAUUUGAUGUGGACUUGAAUAGUCUGAAAAUCAUCAUUUUGAUAGGAGUGGUUUUAGUCAUAGGAAUAUCAGAGUCUGCAAAGCAUUUGUCUUCAUUUUGAGUCAGGACCCAACUUUUAAGUGAAGAUGCAAUAGACUCAGUUAAACCCCUGGCAUACUCAAACUGCAGAAUAUCUCUGCACAGAAGGCCCAAAGGAAGGCUUGGGUGAGAGAAAGCACAGUAAAAGGCAUUGUACUGGCCCACUGCAUUGCAUGGGGUCUGGCUUUCUGGUAUGUUCUCUAAAUUAAGAGGAAAAGGUUUGCAAGGAAAAUAGACUUCUUAUAAACCUUGAUUAACUUCUGGGCUGCUUCAGGUCAAUUUACUUUGUUUAUGGAAAAUUCACUAUAGAAUUCCAUAUUACAAGCUCAGUUUGUUUGUUUCUCUGUUUGUCACUUGACCUGAACUGCUGUUUGUCCUCCCACACACAUUGAUAAUGGCAGUCUCUUGUUAAAAUGAGUACCUCCUUUCUUAUUUUGUACAGAUAAUUUCCCUUUUUGUAAUCAAUUUUUGUUGGCAAAGUUUUAAAUUAAAAUUUUAAUCUCUGUUACUGUCUUUGUUUUGCUAAAUCGUAUUUUAGGUUUAAGACAAGCCUUGUGAUCUGCAGGUCUGUAAGUAUUGUCUGACAGCUGUACUGUGACACCAUCUCCUGCUGUUGAUAUAGGUACUCACAAAAAUGACCUGCUUUUGGGUGGGAGUCUUGUCUUCUCUGAUCAGUUGCAAAAUCAUAAAGGCAUUUUCUUUGUCUCUGUUUACACCAUGAGUUUUGACAGGUGUCCUUCCUGGGCUAUUACAAUUUUACAGCUGGUUUUUAUAUACUUGAUUGUUAACUCUUUGUCACCUGGGAGAAAGCAUCCUACUACUUCCCCUCAAACUUUGUGGGAUUGAUACAGAUCACUUACUUUUCCAGAGGUAAGCUUGGAAUUCUGCAAUACCCUCUCUGUCUGGUCUGAAAUACGCAGCUGCCAGAAUUCCUUUUGAGGCUCUUUACUGUGACUGAUUUGGAGAUGGACACAUUGGGCAUCCUCUGACUCUUCCAGCCCUCAGUGUUCAUCUGACUGCACUUUUCUUGUUACCAUUGUGGCAUUGAAGAAAAUCAUGGACUUGGGACAUAAAGCACUGUGUGAAUUAGCUCUGCUCCUUGAACUGGAAAGGCUGGGUCCAUACUAAAUGGAAGAGUGUGACAAGUGUGUGUCUUUUGAUUUUACUCCAGCUGCAUAAAGAGUCAGCAGAAGAGCCAAGAACAUGAAAUCCAAUGCUUCAUCUGUCAUUCCUGUCACUGCUUGGCGACAGCUCCUCUCUCAAAACAGCUCAGUGAUGUGGUAUUCCAGUGACUUAAUAAGAAAUUAUCUGUUGUCACCCAGUGGUUGCACUAGGAAAGCUGAGAGUCUUUCAUUUCCAGGGGAACAUAUUUUUUGCACUGCAACAUGAGAUUCUUCCUGUAUUUAUGUAUCACUGUGUACCUUACCAGGGAGGAAGAUUGCUUUGCCUUGGU